AUGAAGCAGCUCUCUCUUGAUCGCCGGAUCCAAACCCUCUUCCCUGUUGCAUUGGCUUCUCUUCUAGUCCUGGGGACUGCAAGGCUUGUCCUAGAUCACUUGAAGAGCAACCACAGCCGGGAUUUCCGGCUGUAUAGCCGGCCAAGAAGCCAUGAAAAGCACAAAUUACCAGUUGUUAUUUCUCCUGAGGAUCGUGUUGCAGAAGGAUGCAAUGUUUUUGAAGGGAAAUGGGUGUGGGAUAAUGUGUCUUAUCCCCUUUACACAGAAGAGAGCUGUCCAUUCUUGGUUAAACAGGUGACUUGCCAGAGGAAUGGGAGGCCUGAUUCAUUCUAUAAGAAUUGGAGGUGGCAGCCUAAUGAAUGCAAUCUCCCAAGGUUCGAUCCAUUAAAGCUGUUGCAGAUGUUGAGGGGUAAAAGAUUGAUGUUUGUUGGGGACUCAGUACAGAGAGCCCAAUUUGAAUCAAUGGUCUGUUUGGUACAAUCUGUAAUUCCUGUAGGAAAGAAGUCCCUUCAAAGAGUUCCACCCAUGAAGAUCUUCAAAAUUGAGGAAUUUGAUGCGUCGAUUGAGUAUUAUUGGGCUCCCUUCAUCGUGGAGUCAAAUUCGGAUCAUGCAACAAAUCACACUGUGCUAAAGCGGUCUGUGAAGCUUGACUCCAUAGCCAAGCAUAGGAAAGAGUGGGAAGGCGUUGAUAUCUUGGUUUUUGAGAGCUAUGUGUGGUGGAUGUACAAGCCUCUUAUAAAUGCAACGUAUGGAUCUCCAGAUGAUGUUAAAGAAUAUAACGUGACCACUGCAUACAGAUUGGCUUUAGAAACAUGGGCAAAUUGGAUGGACUCCAAGCUCAAUCCCCAUACUCAAAAGGUGUUUUUCAUGAGUAUGUCACCAACACACCUGUGGAGUUGGGAAUGGAAGCCUGGAAGUGAUGGGAACUGCUUCAAUGAGUCACACCCAAUCCAAGGUCCAUUCUGGGGCACUGGUUCAAACCUCGAGAUCAUGGAGAUAUUACAUGACACAUUACAACAAUUAAAAUUCAAUGUUACACUUCUAAAUAUUACACAACUCUCAGAGUUUCGGAAGGAUGCUCAUACAACAAUUUAUGGGGAACGUAAGGGAAAGCUCUUGACCAAGGAACAGAGAUCGGAUCCAAACAAUUUUGCCGAUUGCAUUCACUGGUGUUUACCAGGAGUCCCUGAUACAUGGAAUGAAAUUUUGUAUGCAUAUUUGUUGAAAAAUUAUCAAAACUUUUUGUAA